GAUUGUUGAAAUCGAUAACCACCAAAGGAUCCAACUGGCCCAUAUCAAAAGCGGGGAAACGUUAAAAGUGAAAGUCGCAUAUGAUCAAAUCCGUCCACAUGUUACAAGUGAUCUUUAUAAACCGGUGGUGCCUGAAGUAUCUAUUAAUCCUGACCCAAGCAGCUGCACAGAUAUAACAGACAAUGAUGUUCCCAGCAAUCAGUCUGCUGUUCCUUGUCCGAUAAAGAAUUCCCAAGACAGUCCUACGUCUGCUGUUAAGUCUUUAAAGGAACAUGAAACCAGUGCUACCAACAUUCCCAACAAAAUGGAUGAAGACAUAAAAAUUGUGGGAUAUACAAAAGCUAGAAAGAGGAAAGUUGGGCCAGUGCCUGUCAAAAAAGUAAACCUGAUGAAGAACAAUACACAACUUCUCCCAGACAUUCAGAAUGGUGAAUGGUUAUCAGAUGAACAUAUUGACCAUGCACAGGCCAUGCUUGCAAAACAAUUCCCUGAUAUUGGUGGCUUGCAGGUUGUCUGCGUAUUUGCUCCCGAAGGUUGUCAACAAGUUGGAACACCUGAGCAGAGUUUUGUCCAAGUUUUAAAUGUUGGUGGUAACCAUUGGAUAAUAAUUAGUAAUGUCGGCUGGCCAAAGGACUCAGUUGUCAUCUAUGACUCUUUGUACAAUAACAUUAAUGCCUCGUGUAAGCAAAAAGUUUUGAGACAAAUUGCCUACAUGCUUAUGCCUGUGUCUAAACACAUGACGUUAUUGUGGGCAGACAUGCAGAAGCAAGAAGGGACAUCCGACUGUGGCUUGUUUGCCCUUGCAGUUGCAACCAGUCUGUGCUGUGGUGGCUUACCGAAAGAUUGUGAUUGGCAGCAAGAGGAAAUGCGUGGACAUCUGGUGAAGUGCAUUGAAGCUGGUGUGAUAUCGUCUUUCCCAAUGUCUAACACUAGUCGAAAUCACCAACUUUACCACAGCAGCGAAGAGAUUGACAUAUAUUGCCAUUGCAGACAACCAUACAGAGAGAACAUUUUUAUGGUUCAGUGUGACAAGUGCCUGGACUGGUUUCAUCGUGGUUGUGAAAGAGUGCCAAGAGUUGUUAAAAAGAAUACAUGUUUCUUUUGUAAAAACUGUAAAUAG